GCAGGGAAUUGGCCAAAUAAAACGUAAUCAUGUUCAUGUUAUAUCACUACCACAUCUGGCCCCGGGGUGACCUCCACUUGUCCCCAGGGAGGGGUGUAUGGGGAAAAAGGUGGAGGGGGCGGCAGUCAACGGAUGUGGCGUCUCGAUCCGGUGUGCACCCGUGGACAGGAAGCUUUGCUGGGAUAGUCGGGAAGUUUGGAAGGUCUCGGAAGCAAAUGAGUUGAGAACUCCCAUUGGUUGAAUCCUCCAGGAACUGUGAUGGCUGCUCAGUCAAGACAGUGACUUGGUGUAGGGGUGAACCGAAAACAGUCCCACCUCGACUCGAUGCUUUGGUGCCAAGUAGUUUCUAUCUGCUGACUGAACUUCUCGACUACUUCGAUACUGUUUUUUAAUCCCGGAUAUGGCCAUGGAUAUGGCCCUGGUAGACUUUGGGAGCCUAGAUGACCUCAACGUUGGUCUUGAGGAUGAGGAGGACACCUUUGCUGAUGAGACGACAGCGCUUGCUGUGGACAUUCCAUCAGAGCACAACAUCCCAAGUGGGAAUUAUCUUCUGCGUACCCAGGAAUUUUCCACUAUACCAUCCCACCCCAGUCCUGUUCCCUCGUGUAUGUGGGACUCCACCUCAUCCACGCCGGUCCCGUUUAUACAGACGCUGGAAGUACCGCAUUCCCCGAUGCUAACCCCAAACAUCGAGGACAGAAGUAGUCAUUCCAGUAUGAUCUCCAAUUGGAAGUUGUUGUUGAGCAGCGAAGGCACCAAGGAAAGCGAAGCUAUCUUUAGCCAACUUGCUAAGGAAUGCUGUGAGGAUUUUUUCGUCGAUAAAAGAGGCCUGGAUGAUGGAGACCAAAAAGUCAUUAUUAACAUAGCCGGUCUUCGCUUCGAGACUCAGCUCAAAACAUUAGACCAGUUUCCUGAUACGCUCCUUGGGGACCCUCAGAAGAGAAUGGACUACUUUGAUCCAAUGAGGAACGAGUACUUCUUUGAUCGGAACAGACCCAGCUUUGACGGGAUUUUGUAUUACUACCAAUCCGGGGGUAAGGUACGACGUCCGGCAAACGUUCCUCUGGAUGUAUUUGCAGAUGAAAUCAUAUUUUACGAGCUUGGGAACGAAGCCAUGGAGCAGUUUCGAGAAGAAGAAGGAUUUCUUAAGGAUGUCGAUAUCCCGCUUCCAAAUACCGACAUUUAUCGACAAUUCUGGCUGUUAUUUGAAUAUCCGGAAAGCUCCAAUGCCGCCCGGGGCGUUGCGUUGGUGUCUGUUCUUGUUAUAGUUAUUUCCAUUAUUAUUUUCUGCUUGGAAACAUUACCGGAAUUCAGAGAUGAUACCGAUGUUGUGGUGCCCACGGCUAUGAAAGCUGUCAACUUAUCCGGAGUUCACGCUUCCGUGACUCCGACUACCGUUUUGCCGACUGUGUUCUCCGAUCCGUUCUUCAUUAUCGAGACGGCGUGCAUCGGUUGGUUCUUUUUUGAGUUAUGUAUACGAUUUUUGGUGUGCCCAAGCAAACGAGAUUUUUUCCACAAUCUCAUGAACAUUAUUGAUAUCAUAUCCAUUAUUCCGUAUUUUGUCACCGUGGUGACGGAACUCGUCACAAAGGCGGAAGAGAGCUCCGGACAAAAUAUGUCUUUGGCUAUUCUUCGGAUUAUACGUCUGGUGAGAGUUUUCCGUAUUUUUAAACUCUCACGUCACUCCAAGGGGUUGCAGAUCCUGGGACAAACGCUCAAGGCUAGCAUGCGAGAACUUGGCUUGCUUAUCUUUUUCCUGUUUAUUGGCGUCAUCCUUUUCUCCAGCGCUAUCUACUUUGCUGAGGUCGACGAACCCAACACUCAGUUCGUCAGCAUACCGGAUGGUUUUUGGUGGGCGGUGGUAACCAUGACUACCGUCGGCUACGGGGACAUGUGUCCGAUCACCCUCGGGGGUAAAAUGGUCGGAACCUUGUGCGCCAUUGCUGGCGUACUGACCAUUGCGCUACCCGUUCCGGUCAUUGUGUCCAAUUUCAACUACUUCUAUCACAGAGAGACUGAAGCAGAGGACAAGUUGUCGUUGACAGACGCCUUUGAGCAAUCGAUGAGGGCGGAAAAUGGUACGAAACCAGGAAGCAACACUUCACUCAAUAAGGCCAACGGUAUCUGACGGAACAGAACAAGGGAGAAAAUGAACUUUUAUGUUGAAAUGUUUUGUUUUGAGAGAUUUGACUUAGUGAUCCUAUCGCAAAGUGUAAGAAUCAUAAACAAAUAUCAAUUAAAUUAUAUGAAAUUAUAUGAUUCCUUAUUUUUAAGAAAGGAAAUUUUCAAAUGUACCAACAUGAGUGAUGUAAAAUGUUUUUAUCGUUUGCAAGAAAUGACCAAUUUCUCCACGUCUGGCUGUUGGACCGUCUGUUCUCCACUAAUGGAUCCAUGGCCAAGGGUGCUGCCCGACUAGCUAAUCGACCAUACCCAAUUCCUACUGCCACCAAAUAUGGAAAAUUAUUUCCUUUUUCCACCAAAUCCUGCAGAAAACACCAGGAAAUAAAUCUAAUAAAUUACGUUCUUAGAAUCGACUGCAUGGUGCUUAAGUGGUUAGCGCAGAGGCCACACAACUAGAAGACCCAAGUUCAAUUCCACCCUCAGCCAUCUCUGUGUGGAUUUUCCAUGUUCUUCCCAUGCAUGCGUGGGUUUUCUCCGGGUACUCCGGUUUCCUCCCACAUUCCAAAAACAUGCUAGGUUAAUUAGCGACUCCAAAUUGUCCAUAGGUGUGAAUGUGAGUGUGAAUGGUUGUUUGUCUAUAUGUGCCCUGUGAUUGGCUGGCCACCAGUCCAGGGUGUACCCCGCCUCUCGCCCGAAGACAGCUGGGAUAGGCUCCAGCACCCCCCGCGACCCUCGUGAGGAAAAGCGGUAGAAAAUGAAUAAAUGAAUGAAUCCGACUUGGUUGCACAGCGGUCGAGUGGUUAGCGCACAGACCUCACAGCUAGGAGACCCGAGUUCAAUCCCACCCUCGGGCAUCUCUGUGUGGAUUUUCGUGGGUUUUCUCCGGGUACUCCGGUUUCCUCCCACAUUCCAAAAACAUGCUAGGUUAAUUAGCGACUCCAAAUUGUCCAUAGGUAUGAAUGUGAGUGUGAAUGGUUGUUUGUCUAUAUGUGUGCCCUGUGAUUUCCCUGUGAAUGAAUGAAUGAAUGUUCUCGGUGAUGUUCUACACUCGGUACAUUUGGCUGAAUGAACAUCCAGCAGCAACACGUUUUUCCCAUGACUACUAGUUUACUAGCACCCUCGGCUAUCGCUGUGUGGAGUUUGCAUGCGUGGGUUUUCUCCGGUUUCCUCCCACAUUCCAAAAACAUGCUAGGUUAAUUAGCGACUCCAAAUUGUCCAUAGGUAUGAAUGUGAGUGUGAAUGGUUGUUUGUCUAUAUGUGCCCUGUGAUUGGCUGGCCACCAGUCCAGGGUGUACCCCGCCUCUCGCCCGAAGACAGCUGGGAUAGGCUCCAGCACCCCCCGCGACCCUCGUGAGGAAAAGCGGUAGAAAAUGAAUAAAUGAAUGAAUCCGACUUGGUUGCACAGCGGUCGAGUGGUUAGCGCACAGACCUCACAGCUAGGAGACCCGAGUUCAAUCCCACCCUCGGGCAUCUCUGUGUGGAUUUUCGUGGGUUUUCUCCGGGUACUCCGGUUUCCUCCCACAUUCCAAAAACAUGCUAGGUUAAUUAGCGACUCCAAAUUGUCCAUAGGUAUGAAUGUGAGUGUGAAUGGUUGUUUGUCUAUAUGUGUGCCCUGUGAUUUCCCUGUGAAUGAAUGAAUGAAUGAAUGUUCUCGGUGAUGUUCUACACUCGGUACAUUUGGCUGAAUGAACAUCCAGCAGCAACACGUUUUUCCCAUGACUACUAGUUUACUAGCACCCUCGGCUAUCGCUGUGUGGAGUUUGCAUGCGUGGGUUUUCUCCGGUUUCCUCCCACAUUCCAAAAACAUGCUAGGUUAAUUAGCGACUCCAAAUUAUCCAUAGGUAUGAAUGUGAGUGUGAAUGGUUGUUUGUCUAUAUGUGUCCUGGGAUUGGCUGGCCACCAGUCCAGGGUGUACCCCGCCUCUGGCCCGAAGACAGCUGGGAUAGGCUCCAGCAUCCCCUGCGACCCUCAUGAGGAUACGCGGUAGAAAAUGAUUGAAUGUUCUCGGUGAUGUUCUACAUUCGGUACAUUUGGCUGAGUGAACAUCCAGCAGCAACACGUUUUUCCCAUGACUACUAGUUUACUAGCACCCUCGGCCAUCUCUGUGUGGAGUUUGCAUUUGUGGGUUUUCUCCGGUUUCCUCCCACAUUCCAAAAACAUGCUAGGUUAAUUAGCGACUCCAAAUUGUCCAUAGGUAUGAAUGUGAGUGUGAAUGGUUGUUUGUCUAAAUGUGCCCUGCGAUUGUCUGGCCACCAGUCCAGCAUCCCCGUGACCCUCAUGACGAUACGUGGUAGAAAAUGAAUGAAUGUUCUUAGAAUCACACCAUUCCUCAAAAACAUGCUAUUUUCAGUUCUACAACGAAAGUGUUGAAUUGGGGCCUUACACGCUGAAUAUCGUCUAUGACCUGAUCAACCAGCCCUGAGGUCAUUCAUCUGAUAAAGUAGAGUUGGAAAAUCCUGUGACCAGCUAUUUUACCAUCUUCUCCCAGAAAUGUCCUUUUUGGUAUGCCGGUCAGGCGGCACCCUCGAUUCGUUUGUGUUCAAAACACAGUGACAUUGCGGUCAGAGUCAGUGUGUUUAGACCACAAUGUACCGGUAUGUCCUUGGAAAAUCGAGGCCCUGAGGUGGUCUACAUGCUUGCCGGAGGAAGAGUGGAUUAAGGCGAAGGUAACAGGAUGAAGGUUUGAUGACUGACUUUGAACAGUUCAACAGCUACUGACUGAUUUUUUGAGUUUCUGAUCUGAUAAAGUUGGGUGUAGAAAACUACUAGGGAGGCAUGAUACACGCCCCGGGCGAGAUCCCAUCGAGAAACACCAUGCAAAAUUCAAAGAACAAAAUUAAUUUACUAAGUUCUACAGAAAAAAUUCAGCUAAGUGGUACACUGCCCUUCAUCGUUUUUAUGCCAAUUAAUUCCAGCCAAAUUGUAUAUACAGUAUUUACAUAGUUUAGUAAAGUAUGCAUUCUUACUGGAAAUGUUUAGGAAUAUGUCAAAAAGUAGUAAAGGGUAGUUUUUGGAGGCUGGUUUUGGGAAUCCUCAGUAUUAAGGAAGUGGAAAAACCGGCCAAAAAUAAAGCUAUGAUAUCACAACUUCAUGUACAGUAAACUACAUUAUGGAAUGUAUAUGGUAUGCUAACGUUACUUGGUGGCUAUAAGCUACUUUAGCUACUUUAUGUGUUUUUUUUGAGCGAACGUUUGAAUUGUGUAAGGAGGGAUGUAAAUCAAUCAAUCAAUCAGGGGUGUGUUGACGUUCUCGGGAAGUUGUUCUUGAAGGAUUUGAAAAAAAAAUGUUCCAUUCAAUUUGUGUUGUAUUCAUUUUUUCUUGCUUUUCUAUUGUUAUAUUAUAUUUUAUAACUUACAUUUUAAUAUCCAUUAGGGAUGCUCCGACUAUAUUUUUAAUCUGUAGAUUGCCACCCCUACCCCUUUAAGACUACUCACAUAAUUAGCAUAUGGCGGUAAUUGCUUCAUUACUUAAUAAUUAAUUAUAAAUUUUAAAUUUAUUGGCCAUUUAUAAAGCAUAACAGUCAGAACAAUGUCAAGGUAGUAAGUAGUUACUCAUAAAAUUAGUAAUAAAUACAAGAAUAGAUAAAAAAAAUAAUAAUAAUAAUAAAAAAUUUGCAGCACUAAAGUGAUAUGAAAAACGACAAAAUCACCUUAAUUUACACAAACACAUAUUUUAGUUACAUUUUCAUAGAUAUAUCGUUUGUGCCGUAGUUAAAGUAAGGACACUGUUCAGUGCAAAAUAGCGUGUAGCAU